AAUCUCUUCAUACAUACAGCAGGGCAUCUAAUGCCCACCUCAACUUUCAUGAAACACAGGCUUUCUCCUUGUCUGGCUUCCCUAUAUGCUCAAGCAUCACACAACGUCAUGUUGCCUUUUCUCAGCUUCACACCUCUUUACAGACCAUAUCACAUAUUUACUCACAACGUCAGCUAUCAAUUCUAGGACGUGCCACCAUUGUCAAUAGCUUAAUAUUUUCUAAAUUGUGGCAUGUUUUGCGUCUCACCCCCUUCACCCAAAAUCAGAUCCACAAACUUCGCCAGAGGGUCUCGCUAAACUCGAUCCUAGCCUUCAACAAUCUGCGCUUGUAUGGCGUUGGUUAGGCCCAUUACUGCGUACGAUCGACUCCUCUCGACUAACUGGAGUCAUGACAUAUUUGCUUUAUACCUUCCAAUGGUUUUUUCUCUUAAUCCUUUUACAGUCCUCUCCUUAUCCAUUCUAGACGUUCUUCAAUCCCCGGAGACGGACCCCCACCUGUUGUCUCGAUUAGUGGAUCAACAUCCUGGUGUGAGAGAUAUCCGUACUACAGACGUUUUUACCUACGAUUUUGCCCAACUACGACUUCGACUACGGAAUCCCGAUGAGGUUAUCGGUCAUCGAAACCUCACCUACCUUCUACGUAGCUUAAUACGGUCCGGUCAAAUGCAAUUACGCCCUUUUCUGCAUCAUCAAUGUCUAUCCGCCCCACGCAUCGAACCGCCUACUCUAUCUACUGCUGAUGACUAUAUUAACCUGCAACCGAUUCUGACCUACUUUUUCUCCACGAAAAGUUCUAUCCCAGAUACUGUAAUUUAUAGCCCACAGCAUUACCGUUCCUUGCUUCCGCCCCCUCCCCCAUCAUUCCGAUGCGCUUUACUGUCCCUCACAGUGGUCUACCUUUUGGAAAAUUUCGUUCCAUUAACUGCUCGUACAGUAUGGUACCGGCUACUGUUAAACAAAGUUCCUUACCGCGAAUUAAUGCAACGUCCCCUCCCUCAACAAUUUGAUUCUGCGGAUUGUCACAUUUGUCAUACGCCUGAAGUGUCGCUGAUUGAGACUUCUAUUCACUUUCUCUACACUUGUUCCAGCAAAGUUCAAGUUUGGAUACUGGUAUUCUCCACCUUCAUCAAUCCAAGGUACAAAUACUUUAUGGACGAUCUCCUUCAAUUGCUCCGUCGUAUUAGCCACCUUGACCAGUCUAAUCUUCCCCGCUCCCCAUCUCUCCCAUUUCCCACCUCUCCAUUUCCCAAAUAUUCGCCUGUAUUUUGCUCGGCCUUUGGCAGGCCGAUUGGGCCUUUGUAUUUAGAGACAUCCCUCUCGUUCCUUCUCGGGUUUUUGUGUCUGUGUCUCGGGUACUCUCUCGUCUCGAACGCGGUCUCACUCUUUGACCAACAAAGUGAGCUAGUUUCCUUUAUCGGAUAAAUCUUAUAGUCUUUAUGCGAUCACUCUUAGCCUGUUAGAAUUU